AUGAGAGCCGGCGACAAACGCUGGAUACAAUGUCCGGUGAACUCGAUGCCCCAGAUUCCGCCGACGUGUCAAAACGUUCUCGCCCAAACUAGCCAGAACAACAUUCAACAACAGCAACAGUUUGGUCCCCAGUCCCACUCGGGUCAAGGUGGCUUUUUUCCGAACAAUCAACCAGGAGGACCGAUGCAGAACCCGUUCUAUCAGCCAUACCAACAAGAUCAAUUUGCCCCAAACCUUCAACCAGGGAUGAACCCAUACCAGGCAAAUCCCCAGGUUCCCUUCAACCCGUACAUCCAAAUGGGUCAAAAUCAACCCCCAUGUGGACCGCUUCCACAAAACGCGCUGGACCAGAUCAGAGCGUACAUAGGGAACCCAACACCCAUCUUCAUCCUGCCAAACAAUUGUCCCAGCCAACCAAGUGCACCUCCCCAGCUGACCCCGAUGACGAUACCGCCACCGAUGAUGUACCCACCCAUAAUAUACCCCCCAGCUCCCCCAUCGCCCUGUUGUUCCAACCCCUGUUACCCAUUUGCGUUCCCCCUUCCCGUGCUGGAUCCUUUCGGAGCUCAACGAGGAGGAAAGGAGAAGCAGGGCUGCGGAUGUUCCCAAAAGCGAUCCAAUUCUUCACCCUGCGGAACGGAGAGAUCACCAGGAAGCUGCUGUUCUUCCUCGGACCAUGAAGACCACAGUUGCAUGGCGGGACCGGAUGACACGAUCUGCGCAAAGAGAAACUGCCCAUCCUCCAUCAAUCUCCAGGCUUUGGCUUCUCAGCUUCUAUCGAUGCAGGGGAUCGUUCCUUGUGCAGCCACCAGAUUGGUGUUGAGGAAGGUGCCCGGCUCCAACGUGAACACCACCAUGGAAGAAACCGUCGAACGUGCCCAGAAGUCGAUCAACUUGCUGAACAAGGACCAGUUACUAGCAGAGGCCAGGAAUGCCCAACAGGUGAACGCGCUGAUCAACCUGCACAUGACGGCCAAUCCCCCGCCAAACGUGGUCCCGGUGUUGACCACUAUUCAGUUAAAAGUCAACGUCCUGAAGGCGCACGUGGAGAGUCUGGUGAACAGAAGACUGAUGGAGUCGCAGGGGGUCGGCGCCGAGUCGGGGUGUUCCUUGGACCCCGUGAUCCUGGCACUGAAGACGGACGCCGAGCUCAGGGAACUACUAGCCUCUCUCAGGGACAAGGAGUGCGAGGAAAGGGUCAACCUGAACUUUGCUCCCUAUCGCUCUCAGCGGGUGAUAGCCGAAGCCAGGAUGAACAACAUCAGGAACAAGAUCUGCCAGGUGGAGGAGGAGAUGGACAGACGCAGGUCCCAGCAAUUUGCUAACACCCCUUUUCUGCACGGGCAGGGUUACCCCGAUAUCCAAGCCACCCCUCACGGCAGGUGCCAGCCCUAUGCAACCUCUACCCAGGACUACGACUCUCCAGACCCCUUCGUCCUGCGAAUGCAACAACCCAGGAGGUUGAACCUGAAACCCUGCGUAGGCAGUCCCGAAACGACUUACGACAAGCCCGACGACCAGCCCAAGAAGGACCUCCAGGGGGAAAAAUCCAGAUGCUGCGAAAAGCGACCCGAUCGGAUAAAAAAUCCUGAGUGCUGCUCCUGCGAGGACGACUCCGGGGAGGAAAGCGUGGACGAGGGUAAAAAAAAACUCCGAGGACCUGGAGAAAAAAGGAAAGGUAGUCAAAACGGAGAGAGUCAGGGAGAGGUGGUCCUGAAACUGCCCCCCGAUGUCGUCCUCGUUAUUGACGGAGGUCAGGGCAGAGACGAGGAAACGCCGAGGGGGAGGAAAAAGGAUGAACAGGACCUGCCGACUUUUAAAGAGGCGAUAACGUGCCCGGAAAAGGAUGAUACGAUAAAAGGAGACGAAGUUAUGGAGGUCGAAGAGGGAAAGGAAGUGUGGAGCUCGGCGGAGGAGCUGAAAGGGGAGGACGUCGAGGAGGAUGGCUCCGCCAGGUCGAGCACCGCCUGCGGGGUUGGGGGGUCCUGCGAAAAAUCGAAAUGCGAGGAAGACGAGCGAAAUGUCGGGGACGAGGGGGGAGAGGACUGUCCUGGGAAACGACGAAAUCGUUUUACCGAGGGCGGGGUGACGUUCAUGGCGGACGUUAAAUUCGAGCGAACCCCUUUCAAGGACGAGUCGAAUAAGACCCUCGAUUUUGGAGAGACCGAGAGCGAGAGGAACGUCGUUGCCGACGAGAAAUCGUUGGCAGUUGCUCAUGACUCCGAUGGGAGCUCGAUCGAGGGAAAGGACUCGAUACGGAACGAAAAGGACUGCGAUGAAGAGGAAACUCAACGAAAAGGAAGCCUGAAGAGAUGCUCCGAAAGUGUCCUUUCCUCUCUGAAGAGGGCGAGCACGAAUGGCACGAUCGAGGGCCGGAUUUUUUCCACGAUCUCAGCCGAAGAAAAAAUGCUGGAUCCUUCGGAAAUCGACUCGAAAAAAUUGGAGAUCACCGAUAAGGAGAAUUGCUCGGAAGUCCUUGAAAUUAUUCAAGAUUCGGUGCCAUCGAGGAAAAUUCUGCCGGGCAAGGACCCUCGACAGAGGUCAGCUGUUUUGGAGGAUUGGCGAGGAUCGCAAAAAUUUCGACAUAUCGAGAGAAGGGGCAACGCAGAAGAACAAGACGCGGACGGUGAAAUCUUGAGGGUGAAGGGAAAUCUUUCGAAAGGGUCGAGAGAGGACCAUAAAACCAAAGUCGAGGGUCAGGUGCAACUUGCGACUCCCAGGUGCAACGUGGGCUUUUUCUGGGACCUGUUUUCCACGAUCGGCUCGCAAGCAGGGUGCUUUGGGUCCUUUAUAGAGAAAUUCGCAACAACGGGGUCUUGGAAAAAUGGAGAGUAUCCAAAUGACGUAUCCUGUGACACUUCGGACGAUUUUGAGGGAUACGCGGGAAACUCGCGCGGAAAGGAAGAAAGUUGGUACCUGAAGUUCUCAGCCCUGGCGGAAUCGGGGAAUAAUCGAAUUUUCGAAAAGGACGGAAUCCACGAUGCUCUCAUGUGUGCAGGAGUGGACGGGAGGUGCAGCGUCCUGCGAAGAGUCACCCACGCGGUUUUGGAGGAUCCCGGGUCAGGAGGAAAUUACGUUACAAUAAACGAAUCGUCCCAGAGUGAUCGAAACGAGGAUCCACCGGCUCGACCGUACAAGGUCCGGCGAAGUUUGUUGAUACGAAGUCGAAAAAAAUCGUCGGAAGUUCCCGAGAAAGAGGCCGCGAAUCCUCUCGAAAUUGUCAGGAGUCCUAUCGACGAGGAAAAUUGUCUGGCCCUGUUCUUCGCCUCGAAGAAGCCGAAGGAAUUCCAUCGUCCCAAUAAAACUCGCAAGUUGAAGAGCAGCGAAAAGUUUUGGACGCUCCCUUCGGUAAUGGAGGUCGACGAUGAGGCGAAGAGGUCGAAAUUCGCGGAACUUCGUUACGCGGACUCGAAGAGAGACCAGGACUCGAUGCGAUUCGAUUUCGAAGAGCGCAAGAAAUUAAGGCGAUCGUCGGAGAGAGUGGAAACGCGUCAGAUAAAACUCCGGGAUGACGUUAACUAUACGGAUGUGUUCUAUGGGAAGAACUACGUAGAGCGCACCAUCGAGUCGUAUAGUUCGACGUUGAUAACGGAACGCGAAGAUGUCAUUAAUAUUCACGAAUAUUAA